ACCAUUAUACCAAUUAAACCCGCAGAGCUCGCGGGGACUGAUCGCAGGUUUUCUACUUUCUCCGGCAGCUGCAGAGUGAACGGAGCCAUGGUGACGUCGCCGGUGGUCAACACCUACCCGCUUUCCAGCUACACCUUCGGGACCAAAGAGCCGAAGCUCGAGAAGGACACCUCCGUCGCCGAUCGUCUUGCUCGGAUGAAAGUCAACUAUAUGAAGGAAGGCAUGAGGACUAGUGUUGAAGCAAUUCUGCUGGUGCAAGAACAUAAGCACCCCCACAUUCUACUUCUGCAAAUAGGAAAUACCUUUUGCAAGCUCCCUGGUGGCCGUUUGAAGCCAGGAGAAAAUGAAAUUGAAGGUUUAAAGAGGAAACUAACGAGCAAACUGGGUGCAAAUUCACCUGCCCUCCAGCCUGAUUGGCAGAUUGGUGAAUGUGUGGCCAUCUGGUGGAGACCAAACUUUGAAACUGUUAUGUAUCCUUAUUGUCCUCCUCAUAUUACAAAACCCAAGGAAUGCAAAAAGCUUUUCAUUGUCCAUUUGUCUGAAAGAGAGUACUUCGCCGUUCCUAAGAAUUUGAAGCUGCUUGCAGUUCCUUUGUUUGAGCUCUACGACAAUGUUCAGAGAUAUGGACCUGUUAUAUCGACAAUCCCGCAGCAGCUUUCCAGGUUUCAGUUCAACAUGAUCACCACAUGAGAUUGCAAGAGUGAAUUUGUAGCAAACAUACUCCAUCUAAUUUGCAGCAGUGAGAAAUUCUUGUUGGCUUAGUUAGAACUUAGGGAACACUAUCAACCUUGCUUGAGAUAGAGUAGCACACUAUCGACUUCUUGUUCUCGGUGAUUUCAUCGAUGUGUUUUCGAGACCAAUCCCGAUAAAAAUUUAUGUUACUUCUAAUGAGGGCGAAGAAAUGAAAAUCAAUUAACAAUUUGUGUAACAAUUCGACUUGAUGAAAGUUUUGCAAGAGAAUGUAAUGUAUGUCUAUUGAAUCAUUUAUAACAGUGAUUGAGUUGUGGAAAAAA